CCCGGCAUCGCAUUCAUAGCUCUCACUGGAACCUCCACGCCCGCAUUGAAAUCGCAACCCUUGCUCCGGCGACGAGAUCGGAGAUCUCGGCCCAUCGGAAAGCGGAAAGCCUCGCCGGUGAGGAUUUUAUCGAGCACCGGCAGUGAUCCGCCGCGAUGCUUACCUGCAUCGCGUGCUCCAAGCAGCUCGGUGGCUCGCUCCACGAGCAGACGGACAACGAUGGCGCUGGCACCCCAAGCACCCGCCAGGCCAUCAAGGCUCUCACUGCCCAGAUUAAGGAGAUGGCGUUGAGGGCAUCGGGGGCGUACCGGCAGUGCAAGCCCUGUGCGGGGGCAGGGGCGAGAGCAAGGGGGUAUGAGGAGUCGGAGGCGACGGGGUCGGGAUCGGAGAGGUACGUGUGCGGGUAUCGUCGGGCUGGGGAGAGCUCGGCUUCGACACCACGUGCGUAUGUAGCCAGUGGCGAGGCGACACCAUCGAUGAGCGGCCGGACGGACGCCGGGGCUUCGAUCUUCAUGGAAGAAGACGAGGACGACGCCCCGCGCGAGUGGGUCGCCCAAGUCGAGCCUGGAGUUCUCAUCACCUUCGUCUCCGUCCCUCGAGGCGGCAACGAUCUCAAGCGGAUCCGAUUCAGCCGGGAGAUGUUCAACAAGUGGCAAGCUCAGAGAUGGUGGGCAGAGAACUAUGACCGAGUCAUGGAACUCUACAAUGUCCAGAGGUUCAACCGUCAGGCCGUACCUCUCACCACUCCUCCCAGAUCUGAGGACGAGAGUUCAAAGAUCGAGUCAGCUGAAGACAGCCCAGUAACACCUCCUCUCAGCAAAGAGCGGCUACCUCCCAGCUUCCACCGGCCAAUUGGUGGUGCAAUGGGCUACUCUUCUUCUGAUUCUCUGGACCACCACCAUUCCCAGACUUAUCGUCCCCACAACCGCCACUACUAUGACUCUGGUGGCCUCACAUCGACCCCUAAGCUAUCCAGUAUCAGUGGAGCCAAGACAGAGACAUCCUCAAUGGAUGCAUCAAUUAGAACAAGCUCAUCUCCUGAGGAGGCUGACAGGUCCGAUGAACUAUCCGUAUCAUUCAGCAAUGCUAGUGAUCAGGAAACUGAGUGGGUUGAGCAGGACGAACCCGGAGUCUACAUCACCAUCAGAGCCCUUCCGAACGGCAUCAGGGAGCUCCGCCGUGUUCGCUUCAGCCGGGAGAGGUUUGGUGAGAUGCAUGCCAGGCUUUGGUGGGAGGAGAACCGUGCUAGGAUACGUGAACAGUAUCUCUGAUGAAAAACAACCUGGAAAUGCUGUUCAAAAUCUACAUCCAUAUAUAUACAUAACACACACUUGCAAGGCCCCAACUGGGGAAUGUAUGUGGUCUCUUCUACUUGUGUGGUGGUAUACUUGCUAUUUGCCUGGGGUUCUUUAAUUACUCUACUUUUUUUUUGUGUGGUGGUUGUACUUAAAAACACAUGCAUGGAAUUACUGUGAAGGAACUACUUGGUGAUGGGGGUUAAUUAAAUUAAUCAAUGCCGCUUUAGGUUAA